AUGGAGAAAAUGAUGAAACAUCAAGAGCUAGCCAACAAGAACCAUGAGGCUUCAUUGAGGAACUUGGAAAAGCAGAUUGGUCAAUUAUCAAAGCAAGCAGUGACUGAGAGGCCAACCAAUACAUUGCCAAGUGACACCAUUUCCAACCCCAAGGAAGAAUGCAAGGCCAUUCAACUAAGGAGUGGAAGAACUUUGGUAAAUGACAAGAGUCCAGCUGAGAAAGAAACUAACAACAAGCCUGAGGAAAAUGACAAACUGGAAAUUAAUAUUCCACUUACUGAAGCUCUAGAACAAAUGCCUCUAUAUGCAAAAUUCAUCAAAGAGCUCAUCAACAAGAAAAAGAGCUGGAAUGAGAAAGAGACAGUAAUCCUCACCCAGGAAUGCAGUGCAUUGGUCCAAGAAGGCAUCCCACCAAAGCUCAAAGACCCUGAGAGUUUCUACUUACCUUGCACCAUUGGUAAUACAGCCAUUGACAAGGCACUGUGUGAUUUGUGCUCCAGUAUUAACCUCAUGCCUCUGUCUAUGAUGAGAAGGCUAUCUAUAGAAGUGAAGCCUACACAGAUGUCAUUGGAGCUAGUGGAUAGAUCUCUGGUAGUUUCUGAUGGGGUGAUUGAAAAUCUCUUGGUUAGAGUGGGAAAAUUUAUAUUUCCUGCAGAUUUUGUAAUCCUGGACUUAGGAGAAGAGGAGAAUGACUCUCUGAUAGUAGGAAGACCUUUCCUGGUCACAACAAGAGCCAUUAUUGAUGUGGAACAAAGAGAAUUGACUCUGAGGGUAAAUGACGAGAAGAUCACUUUGAAUGUCUUCCAAGAAGUAUAG